AUGCGUCGCCACCACGGCAUCACACGCCAAUUGCUUGCGCAGCACCACCACGACAUCCGCCUUCCAGACUCGUCUCGCCAGACGUCGGCCCGCGGUACCAAGCUCUGGACCUUUGACCAGCUGGAACGCGCCGUCGACAGCAACAAGUCUGGCAUCAUCAUCGUCGGUACGUUUGCUGCCUUUUCCCCCUCCUCCUUCGUCUCCCCGUGCUCCAACACGCGCGAGCCCGGCGAGGUCCGCCAGACGGGCCACAUCCCCGGCGCGAUCAACAUUCCCAUCACGACACACCCCGAGAGUUUCCACGUGACGGCCGAGGAGUUUGAGGACCGCUUCGGCUUCGAGAGGCCGGCCAAGAACAGCGAGCUCGUCUUCUACUGCAAGGCCGGCGUGCGCAGCCGUGCGGCGGCGGCGCUGGCCACGGAGGCUGGCUGGACCGGCGUCGGGGAGUACCCCGGCAGCUGGCUCGACUGGGAGAAGAACGGCGGCCGGGCGCAGAAGCCGCAGGACCCGUGA